AUGAUAGGUGUAUGGAGAGUUAACAGGAACUUUGAUAUUUCUGAUAUUGGUAAAGGGGUUUUUGUUUGUGAGUUCAAAAACCCUAGGGAUAAACGGAAGGUGCUGCGUGAGGCUCUAUGGCAUUAUGAUAGACAACUGAUUAUCAUCUCGGAAGUGAAAGGAGAUGAACAAUUAUCAUAUGUCAAACUGAACACCUCUCCGUUUUGGAUUCGGCUAUGUAAUGUUCCACUGAAUUGUAAAGAUAAGAAGAGUAUCACAAAGAUUGGUGAGAGGGCUGGUACUGUGAUGAAAAUUCGUAAGGAGGACAUUGCAGUGUGGGGAAAGCAUAUCCGAGUUCGAGUGAUGGCAGAUGUUAAUACACCCCUGAAACGUGGAGUUUUUAUUCGUAAUAGCAAGGGUGCUUUGCAUGUGUUAAAUGAUUAUCUGCUACUGGUGUGGAUUGCUGGGGCAUGUUCAUGGUGA